UUGAUGCACAAAUUGGGGGAAAAAAAGGUGCAAGGAGUCAUUAUAUUGUGCGUAAAAGCGCACAGGAGGAUUGGCGCUGCAUGCUUGGUGACAGGAUGAGGAGGAGGGCGGGUUGGCUCAGCCAGCUGUUGGAGGGCAGUGUUCCCCUUCUACAUCAGCUUGUUGACAUCAGCACACACACUUUCUCCUCUGGAUCAGACGUAUCUCACUGUGCGCCACUGAUGUGCAACUUUUCUAGCCAACAACAACACGAAGGUGAGCAGAGCGAAGAAAAGCAGGUGUCAGACCACAGUCAAAAUGGGAAGAAAGAAAAUACAGAUUUCCCGCAUUCUGGACCAGAGAAAUCGACAGGUGACCUUCACCAAGCGUAAGUUCGGCCUGAUGAAGAAGGCCUACGAGUUGAGCGUGCUGUGUGACUGCGAGAUCGCCCUGAUCAUCUUCAACAGCACCAACCGUCUUUUCCAGUACGCCAGCACAGACAUGGACAAGGUGCUGCUCAAGUACACCGAAUACAGCGAGCCGCACGAGAGCCGCACUAACACAGACAUACUGGAGACUCUGAGGAGGAAAGGUCUCGACCUGGACGGCUCAGAGCUUGACGGUGAGGAGAGUAUGCAGGUUACUGCCCACAAGGGUGACGGCAUGGAUCUGUCUGUGGGACGCCAGCGCAUCUAUGCUCCAUCCAUGCGGUCACCGGAGGCUCAAUUCCUGGUGGCCGAAACCAGCUUCCCGAUCUCUUCCGGACCCAGCACGGCCCCCCACAGACCUCCAGGAUUUAAAUCCGUCAGCCCGGCUUCACCUCACAACUCUCUCAUGGCCCCACACUCAGUCUUCUCCCACAUGAGCCGAGGACUGGACCUGAAGAGUCCUCCCCCGCUUCACACCCCUACUUUGGCAAUGCCUGGUGAUGCUGACAAUCAGGGCCCAUGUGCGACCCAAAACCCCAUGAUGAGUAGGGGGGUCUUGUACCAGGGCCUGCACAGUGCCAGCUCAGUGGUGGCUAUGGGCAAAGCCGGGCUGUUGGGCCACACCUUGGCAGGCUAUGGCCUUUCCACCCCUGGAGCUUCUGAGUACAGCCAACCAGGUUUUUAUCACUCUGUUAGUCUGCAAAGAGGAGCAGUGAACUCCUGGCAAGCAACACAGCCACCACACCAACUCCAUGGGGCUCAUUUAAGUGAAGGGAUGUCCACUGGAGGGUGCUCUUUCCCUUCUCAGUCUUGCUCGUCCACCUUGAUACAUGAGCCCUGCCUCAGCGUUCACAUCAAGUCGGAGCGUAGCUCUCCUGAAUACAUGACUUCGCCUGCGUCGUCUCCCCUCCACAACCUCAGGCGGGACCAUUCGCCCAUGAGCGGGCUCACUUCAGCCUGCCGCACACCCACAGAAGCACCUCAGACCCAGGCCAAGACUGCUUACUUACAGAAGGAAGAGGAAGGCAGAAUGCCGCUGAGUCAGGAGAUGUGCGAGGGAUGGCAGAGAUAGAUACACACACGCACACACAUAUAUACUUGAUUAGGUACAGCUGUCCAAUCUAAUGACAGCCAAUACAAAUUCAAAUGAUCAUAGACAACCAGUGUGGCCCAAAGGACAUUUUGUACAGGCACCGUUAUUGAUAAAGCAUUACCUUGGGUUGUAGAGGGGUGCCUAAUGAAGUGCCUGGUAACAAUCAUCCCACAGGCAAGUGUCUCAAGUCAGAGCUGGUCUCUUCCUGCACUGGACACCCCCACCACUAGAUUGAUCCCAUAUAAAGGGAUACAUAUAUAGUAUAGUAUACACGUUUAUUUCUUUUAUUUAUCUAGAGUUUUUUGUUUGACUGAAAAAGUAACAUUUUAUUACAAUUAGCUAGAGCAGCACUUUUGUUUUAAAGGGAGUGCUGAUUAAUGGCACAACCCAUUUAACAAGAAAAUGAAACAAGAUUGAAAAAUGUUUUAAUUAAGUUGCACAAAUAAAACAAAUACAAGUAAAAGCCAAACCAAAAUAUAUAUAUGCACACCAUGCAUUCAGAAAAUAUUAAACAUUGCACUUCACAGUAUUGAUUUAAGAGCAUUUCAAAUUUAAAAAAAAAUCUAGAAAAAAAACAACUUUCAAUUUAAGUUGUGUGAUAAAGUUCACCAAUAAACAAAUCCAUGCUGCUGAAGGAAAGACUGACUACUAUGCUGCAGAUAAAAAUGUUGCCAGGGAGUUGUGAUUUAAUCCCUUUAGAUAUUUCAAAUACUGCUGAAAAGGGAGUAAUGACAUUUCUUUGCAAAUUGACUGAAAAUCCCUGAGCUUGUAGGCACUUAGGAAUUCGCAACCUAAAAAACAUUAAAAGAAAUAGCACUCUUGAAUCGGUUCUUUAAUUACUGGGUCAAACUGUCCCUCUCAACAACAUGCAACUAAAAAAAUACAAUAAAAUAAAUAAAACAAAAAAAAACACACUAACGACACUGCGUCGCCCCUAAAAAAUCACCAUGGCUUGAAACAUAGACCCAUAUGACCUUUGACUUCCUAAUUGCUACCUAAAGCAUCUGAAUGGAAAACUAGAAAAUGCAGUGAAGGCAGAGGGAAAUGCACUGAAAUGAAUUGGAGACUAUUUCCAUGUAAAUGUAGCCUCUCGUGGCUGUGAGCAGGAUACAUGAUGACAUCAGCACAAUAUAAUUGCAUUUAGGUAGCAUUUAGGUAGGGGUUGAAACCACUGAGGGCUACAUACUGAAAAAUCAAAGGCUUCAGGGGCCACUUUGAUAUAUCAAAUUUUAUAAACCAUAUAUUGAAAGAAAAAAAUGCUAUGUCAGUUCUGUGUGAUGACAAAACAACCGAGUGUUGACAAAGCGUAUUAUGACUAGUACUUGUAGUUGUGUAAUUAACAUUUAAACUCCGAUGCCUUUUUGCUUUUUUCUUGUAUUUUUGUUGGAAUAUGGUGCGGACCAGAAAUGACACCCCUGCUUUAAAGGCUUGCUUUGUUACUAAAAUACAAAUGAGAGAUAAACGCAUUAUGUUUUUGAAAUUCACUUUCAUUAGCAUUCAGCCAUUCAACAGGGUUCUUGCUUUGAUUUACGACAUGCUGAAGGAAAGUAGUGAUUGAUAGAGCACUGAAGCAUUAAAAUGUGAAGA